GGAGAUGAUAUGGGGUUGAGUGGCCUCAGCAGCAACACGACAUGAAAUGAGAGCCUCUCGCAGGAAUCUGGGGGGCUUGGGUGAGUCGUGAUGACAGCAAGAUCACAGAGUCCACUGUGUGGAAUUUGUCCCUUUUUUUGCCCCACAACCAAGGUCUGGAACCAGAAAACAGGAAAUAUUGAAGAUGCCAGUCCUCAUUCUCCUGAUCUACUAUCAGAAACCACAAGCACAGAACCUCCAGGCCUGUCCCUGCCCGCUGGAACAUGAAACAUCAGAGGGGGUGGUUGGAGAGAGAUCAAACCAGGAAACAGACCUCGGAGCAAGUUCAUGCCAAGUGAGCUGAGCAAGAGCCUGCUCCCCUUCUCAAAGUGGCCUGGUACAGAAGUCACAGAAGAGCCAUUUGGCUCAAGGCUCCGUGUGACCUCAGGGUGACUGCAGCCAACGCACAUUUCACAGCGACUUCAUCCAGGACUCACCAAAGCAGGACGUCAGAUGAGACCAAAUGGCUGCUGUUCCCGGCACGACCAUCCUUUUCCUGGUCUACUCCACCUUGGCACAGACUGUUUGGUCAGGAAUAGUCAAACCACCAGACAUCUCUAAAUGGCCUAAGCCCCCGUGUGAAAUGUAUUACCCAGUGGGUCCCCAUUAUGAACCAGAUUGUCCUGAUGUAACAUCUUAUGUUUGUGCUACAAAUGGCCACACUUACCAGAAUGAGUGUUUCCUUUGUGUUGAUCGGUGGGAAUUUGGUCCUCGUAUUAAAUUUUAUAAAUAUGGAAAAUGUGAUAGUCAUUAACAGAAUACUACACUUGCUUUCUUCAGUACUUAAUUCUGGAAAUAAUUUAUUUUGGAAUUUGAGGGUAUUUAAUAAAUAACACACCUCUAUGCUGCACCCAAAUUUGGAAUGACAUCAGAAACAAAGGCAUCAAACCAAUGGAGAACUAAAUAUCACAUUUAUUACAAAUAAACAUAAUAAUGCAGGAGGUGGUAGAUACUCAUCUCUGUGUACUGAUUGUUUAAAGUCAGCUUUCAUAUUGCUUGGGACUAAGGACUCUUAUCAAGUGGGCUUAUUAGCACUCCACUAAAUUAGACUUACCCCAAACUGCAGGCUUACCUGCAAGGCCGGACCCUGCCCCGCUAAUCUCACUCAAAGACAUGAGUGAAAGAGAAAAUGUGUCACCCCCACCCCAUCCCUGCCACACAUACACGGCUGUUUGAGGCUUUCUACCUCAUAUUCAUGAAUGAAACACACCUUCACUAGGAGAAUGUGUCCACAAGCUAUUGGGAGGAGUCGGAAGGAGAGUCCAUAGUUGUUGGGGGAGAAAAAUGUUUCUGAGAGGGUGGGAGAGGGAAGGAGAUCCGACAUACCUGACUCCAACUCCAUCUCAUCUUCACUAUUAAAUUGUUCUGUGAAUUCCUUUUUCUUUCUCCCUUAAUUUGGUUUAUGAUCUGUCACUUAUAACUAAAAGAUGUUGGCUAACGAUGGGAAAUAAAUCCAUUCUUACACUGCAUGCUGGGAAAAUCAGAAAAGGCUAGGCUUUGGCUUGUGUGCUCUGUGCCGUCACCAACUUUUGCCACUAGGUCUCAGCCCCGCCGCCCUGUCUUACCCUCAUGAGCU